ACGGUUAUUGAUCAUCACCAUCACCAGCAGGUGUAGCGCUUUGUCUGCCAUGGUGACAGACUGGCGGUGUGUGUGUAGAGACCGGACCUACCCUGGACACAACUGACCCCUCCCAGACAGACCUGGACGCAACAUUGCAGUGGUAACCCUAGGAUACUGAUUAUUCCACGUAGUAAGCCUAUCCGGCGAGCCGGAACGACAUCUAGUCAUGCAUGUAUCAUGGCCGCCUAGGCAUGUGUUCAACUCAGUGACCUUGUGGGGAUACAGUCUUCUCUGAGUGCAUGGUCAUUGUAAUUUCGAACUGUCCAAACCGUGUCCUGGACUCGCCACUUGACAAGUACAGACAUUCUUCUCACCUCGGAAAGUGUUUACAACAAUCCUUUGAAGAGGACAGAUACUGUGUUUCGACCUGACCCAUAUUUCGUUUCGAGUUGUUUUACGGAGACAGAGUAUCUAAUGAGAGGAGAAAUGUCUGUACGGCGGUGAUCCUUUCACCUCCCACUCAGUACUGGUCCAGACAGCCACCGAUACUACCCCUGUAGAAGAGGAGUGGUCAAUCCCUGGACACAAAACCGACCACCAUGCUGACCGCCGCUCUCAUCUGGUUCUACUUUCGUGACCUGGCCAACUACCUGUUGGACUGUGCCGAGUUGCGCCACCAGAGGAAAAUGGCCAAGUCUGAGGUACAGAAAUGCCUGGAUUGGCUGUUUGAACAACAAGGGGAGCUUGAGUGCGCCAGUUUCGGCCAGGGGGAGAGCGGUGUCAUGAAGGCACUUAGUCUACAGAGAGCCAAGGCGGUCCAGAUCAAAGACUUCAGCCAGCAGAUAGACAAGCUCGUCCAGAACUCGAACGUUGGCGAGGAGGAGGCAGUUGAUCUGAAGGGGAAAUACAGCUCAGUAGAAGCGCUGUCAUCCAAAAGAGGCUCAUGUUUUGAGGUCAUUUCGCAAAUCUCAGGGCUUCAAGAAUUAGUGGAGAACCUGUCCACCGAGUUCGACUCCCGGGCUGUACACUUGGUCAACACAGGAGAUGCUGGAAAACCCAAGGGCAGCAUUGACCAGACCAACGAGAGCAUGGCACGAACUGCACAGAACUGCAUCACGGCUGUCAGGAGGAACUGGAAGUGGAUUCUGACCACGAUGCAGUGUUCUGAGGUCCAUCUCAAGAACGCAGCAGCCUACCAGGAGUACUUCCACGAGGUGGAGGAGGCGGAGUAUUGGAUGAACACCACCCUGUCCAGGAUCCAUCUGUCUUUCGACCGACAGAAGCUGAAUGGAGACAGGGCGGACGCCAGAGCCAUCUUGAAUGAGAUCAGAGACGUGCUGCUGGCCUACCUGCAGUGGCAGACCAAGGUGGACAAUCUGUUUGACCGCAGCAGGAACAUCGUCCCCGUUCCGCUCCGACUUAAGAAGCUGACUGACCCACGCCCUGCUCUGGUGCUGGUAGACUUCCGCUCAGACGAGAUCGAGCUGAAUGAAGGCGAAACUAUUACCAUCGUCGACAACAGCAACCGCCGGAAGUGGAGGGUCACCAAUAGUCGUGGACAGACUGGAGAAGUACCGGCCGUCAUAUUGGUCAUCCCAGGGCCUUCUGGCGAGGCAGUGGACGCAGCAAUCAGACUCCGGCUGCAGUUGUUGUCACUGUGGACGACUUCAGUGAAGCGCCUGGGUUACCAGAUGUUGGCCUUCAUGCUGAUUGUCUUCAAAGACUGGGACGAGGAUGAGAGCGCCAAGGACAAGGUGUCAAUCCUUCAAUGCAUGAAUGAGACGGACAAGUUAGAGCUGCUGCGCAUUCUCAAGUACAUCGAAGAUACAUUGGGCAAGAACUGGACAGGCUACUCCGACUACAGCGAGCUGGAGGAACGCAUGGAGCGACUGCGCAUGAUCAUGGAAGAGGCGCCUGAAGGAGGUGUUUCCGAUGACGAGCUGCUGUCGACUGUCGUGGUGCAGAUCAAGACACUGGAGGAGAUGUUGAUGAAAUACAGUGACUUCUGGGCGUACUGGGAGACGUUCAAGGUGAUCGUGGAGCUCCUGAAGCAGCCUAAGCACCUGCUGGUGUGUGACAAGUGGGACCAGCUGAGAUACAUCACCACAGCACACUUCGUCAAAUUCUGGGACACACAUCUGGAUAUUGAGGACAUCAAGAAGUCACAGGCAUCACUAGCACUGUAUGAGAAGCCACGCGAGGAGAUGCCAGUCAGUAGUGAGGUGACCGUGGAGACACAACACGAGGAGACAACAUCCGAGGAGGUUGUGUCGGAGGAGGUGGAGGAAUGUCACACGUUUAUAGUCAAGGGAGUGCUGGACCCGAACAACAACAACGAGAUGACUCUACAGGAGGCUAUCAUGAAAGGAAUCAUCGACCAGGGAAAGGGUCUGUACAUCAACCCUCGUUCCGGGCGCACUAUGGACGUCAACGAGGCCAUCAAUGACGGCAAGAUACUCAUGGAGAUUGUGUCAAAACAGAAGAUCCGCGAAGAGAAGAAGACCUUCGGGUUGAUCACAAUCAAGACCACCCACGAGACCCGGCCCUUCAGCAUCCAGGCUGUACUUGAUCCACACACAGACGAGAGACUGCCUCUCGACGUGGCAAUGGAAAAGGGGAUCUUGGACAGCAGCUGUUCGGAAUACAGGACUGACACUGGAGAGAAGAUGCCAAUAGCAGACGCCAUCUCCAGCGGACUUGUGUUGGUGGAGUACGACGAAAAGCACCAGCCGCAUGCAAAGCCGCAGGUUGUGACGAAGACAUACAGCGUGAGCGGUGUGGUGGACCAACUGCGGAAGGAGAAGGUGCCGUUCAGCGAUGCCAUCAGACAGGGUCUGCUGGACAAGGAGACCGGCGAGUACAUCAACAACAAGACCCAUCAGAAGAUCUCCGUGCAUGAAGCCAUCAUGAAAGGCUUCAUCAAAGCCAGGGUGGUAGCGGAUCCAAGCAAACUUGACAUAGACCCCGAGAAUAAGAUCAUUAUUCAGAAGUUUGAAAAUGCCAAGACCAAGCUGUUGAGAGGUGUGAAGGCCAUGAGGAUGUUUAAGUCCCUUGGGAAACCCCUGCCAUAACUGCUGAAGAAGGACAUACAAAAGUCGACCAAGGUUGACGAUGGACGGAUUUGCUUGAUUAACAAGCGGUUAAUGUUCACCUCAAGGAAACGCCAUCACUGAUGACUUUUGCAUUUGAUAGAAUUCUGAGGCCUCACGUCGGAACCCAAACUGUGUGAUUUGAUCAACUAAAGACGUAACACUAAUUAAUGGUGCUGAUUGUUACCCAAGAUGUCAAUUAUAAUGCAUAGCUGCAUAUUUAGAUGUCCACUGUAUUGUGUACAUAACACAAUAAUCACAUUCCAUCUUUAUUUAAAGCAUUUUACAUUAUAGCAUGUAGAUGGCAACUGUCUGCGCCUGUCCGAUACAUUAGAUAUCAUCUUUGUAGUGGAUUGCGAUAUCCUUACCAUACAAAUGGCCUGUUUGUGUGACCACUACAGUACUCCGGCAGGCUUUAGCUGUCUCGAUGGUUCACUGUGUUUAACUUAGUUACACUAUAUGCUUGUAAGAUUAUAUAAUUUGUGUACUCACUUCAAGUCGGCUGCAGCUCCAAUAUGUUUAAGUUUCGUGUACUUUGGGAGUGACGUAUAUCUCAAGUUAUCAUGGCGUUGUGCUCAGUAACUCCAAGGUCAGCGCUUUAUACAGGAAUGUAAAUUGUGUGACGUUAGGCUAUUCAUGAAGUCAUUUGGGGCACAGUACGAUUUGUUGAUGUGUAAGCAUUUCUUCAGUCAAGUGGACCAAGGUGCAGUGUAGCAACACAGAGAGCCACACUGCCAACAUGGGUCAUUGCACAGGGUGCUUUUCUUUCUCUGUAGAUCUCUUUCAUGUAGAAUCUGACUUGCGUUAUUGCAAAUGAAUAAUAUAUUUGUAUUGUUAUUACUUUAUCAAUUAAAAUUUACCGUUUUUAAA